AUUUGGGUUUGGAUCAAACUGAAGGAAGAAGAUGCACGACAGAUAAUAUGAGAUUGAUACGCACGUCACACUGCAAACAGAUGCACGGAUGACGGGACUCAGACUGAUGAAGAUUAUCAGAUGGACAACAGCAGGAGACCACACUGCAAACACACCUAUGUAAAGAUGUCUUUGUUGCUGUUUGGGGUGAUUUUGGCUCAUGUUUUGAUGAUGGGUUUGUGUGAACCAACUCAAUCAUGGUCAGACAGGACAGCAAGUGGGCUUUUGGAUGUGCCAGACUCUCACAUUCUGCUGCAGAAAGACACGGUGUACCAGCUAGUGAACACUUCGCUGAGUUUCAAACAAGCUCUGCAUUACUGCCGCGGUCAGUCGAGCACCCUCACGACUGCUGGAGUGAAAGAGGAUGAGGAUGGAGCCCAGGAGUUACUCAAUAAAUCCAACCUGAAGGGCCCCGUUUGGUUCCAAUCUAGCAAAAGACAACAUCCCACAACCCUUCUGGAGCGUUUUGAAAAAACUGUCUUGUCAGGUUUAUCCUUCAAGUCCAAGGAAGGCUUUGCGCGCGUAAACGCGACUUUCCCGCCAUUAUCGGCGGCGAGCGUUUGCGUGCGCGUGCAGUGGGACGCGCGUCACGAGAACGUGUCCACGGUGUUCUCAUACGCAGCGCCGGUUUUCAUCAACGAAUUUCAGCUGAGAGGACAAAUCGACGAGUCCAGUCGAGGUCAAACCGACAGAAAGGUCCGCCUGGCGCUCCUCAUUCAAGGGCAACACCAUCCGUACAAAGCCGAGCUGCCGGUCGACGGAAACUGGCACCAUGUUUGCGUCACGUGGCGCUCGAGCGAUGGAUUCUGGGCCAUUUAUGUGGACGGAAAAACGGGGGAUUCCGGCAAACGGGACUCCCUACAAAAGGCAAAGGACAUACACGGGGAAGGGAUAUUUAUAUUGGGACAGGACCAGGACACUUUUGGUGGGACUUUAACGGAGCCUUUUGUCGGAAACCUGACUGAUCUGAGCGUUUGGAGUGAAGCGCUGGAGCUGGAACAGGUGCACGCGCUGAACACGUGCUCGCCGCUGACCAAUCACAGAGCCGUAUUUAGAUGGCGGGACUGGAACCUCAGCGUCCAUCAGUCUGUCCAGAAUGUGUCUGCAACACUCAGCUGUCCAGUGUCCCCGAAGGCGGCGCAGAGACAGCAGGAGGAGUGUGAGGUUCUGACUGGCUGGUCUGCUGCUCGCCUUCAGUACAGCAGUGCCGUCUGCACACACACUUUCCCUUUCAUCUGCAGGAUCAGCACAGAGCACUAUCUGAAGAUGAAGGAGCUGAGAGAGUCUCUGAGGUCCAACCCAAGUCCCUUCAUGCAGAGUCUCAUGCAGUACGGCAUGACGGCGGAGGAUGUGCUCUCUGAUGCGGCGGAUGGUCAGAGCUGGGCGUCGGUGUCUCGUCUGCUGAACGUGUCUGAGCAGGUGAUGUUGAAGGAGCAGAAACCGCUGGAGGACAGAGAUAUGGUUUCUCUUCUACACGUUCUCUCUCGAGCCGCAGAUCUGCCCAUCACUGCUAACCACAGCCGAGCAGACGCAGAAACACUCGGACAGAGCUUCAUCACCAUCGCUGAUUCACUCCUCAGCCAGGACGACCACAGAAAAUGGCAAAGCAUCAAAGAGGUGGUCAAGGGCCCGAUGGCUGUCGUUCAGACGGUAGAGCGUAUGGGGAUCAACCUGAACUCUCUGCUGACGGAUGACACAGACAGUGUGCAGAUCCACAGCCACAAUAUCAAGCUGCAGGUCCAGCAGAAGCUUCUGUCUGAGGAUCCGCACGUCUCUGCGUUCUGUGGCUCAGAUGUGGGAACUCGAGACUGCAUCUCUGUGCCUGAAAACAUGAAGGAGCUCCGCAACAAUGACUUCAGAAAGGUGACUGUCCUGAACACGUGGUUCAGCUCAGUGAAGUGUCUCUCAGAGAAGGAGGAGAACAUCAGCCUUUCUCCAAUAGUCACUGAUGGCUCUCAGAGGUUUGUGGGAACAGUUUUGGGCUCGUCUGUCAUUUCCAGCACAGUUCUGGCAGAUGAGCAGCCCAUCAGCGUGGCCAUUCACUUCACACUUCAGCACAGGCUUCAGAACACUUCUGUCAAGUUUAUUCCAGUCUGUGCAUUUUGGGAUUUCGGCCUGAUGUCAGACGGAGGAGGAUGGUCAACGAAGGGAUGCGUCGUCAUUUCUACUCAGAAUAAUUCUACUUCCUGUCACUGCAACCACACUACCAACUUUGCUUUGCUGCUGCAGAUCUAUGAGGUUCAGAGAGCUGCAGUACACGACGCAGGUCUGCAGAUCCUCAGUUUGAUCGGCUCUGCUGUGUCUCUGUGCGCUCUCAUCUUCACUUUUAUUCUCUUCAUGGCCGUCGGUGUCCCGAAGUCAGACCGAACUACAGUGCACAAAAACCUGAUGGCAGCUCUGAUUGUGGCUCAGUUUCUGCUCAUCCUCAGCGACUGGGCAGCGGGAAACCAGGAGGCGUGUUGGCUGGUGACGGCUCUCCUUCAUCUCUUCUUCUUGUCCUCCUUCUGCUGGAUGCUGGUGGAGGGUUUGCUGCUCUGGAGUAAAGUGGUGUCUGUGAACAUCAGCGAGGACCGCAGGAUGAAGAUGUACUAUGUGCUCGGCUGGGGGCUGCCGGUGGUUAUAGUGGCUGUGACUUUGGUGGCCACUCUGGACCAGUAUAAAGCACAGCAGCACUGCUGGCUGAACCUCCAGUCCAGUGUCAUUUGGGCUUUUGCAGGGCCGGUGCUCUUUGUUUUGGCUGUGAAUGCUGUGGUGCUGUUUCGUGUGGUUUUGGUCACAGUGUCCAGUGCGCGGCGCAGAGCCAAGAUGCUGACGCCCAGUUCAGACUCCAAACUGCACACGCUGGAUCUCACCUGGGCAGCGACGCGGCCCGUGUUGAUCUUGUUGCCAGUUUUAGGCCUGACGUGGCUCUGUGGUGUGCUGGUCCAUUUAUCUGAUGUCAUGGCCUACCUGUUCAUCACACUCAAUGCUUUUCAGGGCCUGUAUAUUUUUCUGGUGUAUGCGGUUUACAACAGCGAGGUGCGCAACGCUAUCAGGAGGAUUCAGGAGAAGAGGAAAGCUCUGUCAUUUACAAACUGCUCUCAGCCAAUCAGCUUCUUGCCCUCACAGAAGUCCCCCAGAGCAUCGUGGGUGCACAGUCUGCAGACGCACUCCAGUCGGGACAGCAGCGAGAGCUCGACUCCCAUGAGUUCCUGCAGCGGCGGAGGUUCACUCGUGUACAAGAACGAGCGUUUUAAAGAGGACAGCAUCGUGAGCUUCCCAUUAAAAGCAGCCAGCAGGAGUCAGGUGGUUCAGCUAACAGCCUUUAAACCCUCAGGCUGCUGAGGAGAAAUGACUCAACGCUUGUGCACGGAUGAAGACUGAAAACUGCUCCACAAUCCUCCAGAGUGAGUGAAUAAUCCAGAACAGCAGCGUUCAGAGACUUGACAUGGGGUUUAAUGCUCCUAAUACACAGACUGAGACUUAUGUUCACACCGUUAACCAUGACCGACCACACAACACUGGCUUUCUCUGCAGUUGUGAGUUAGCGUUGAUUCGGGUUGAGAUCAUGUGCAGCCCGUUCAUCAACAUGUAAAAAAACCUAUCAGCUGAUUUACCAGAGUAUUACACCGUGUCGUAACUACAUGUGAUGCAACAAGAUUUCAUUGGUAAGCAACUUAUGUGCCUGCAUGACAAAACACGACAGAAACAUUUAAAUACCAGCCACUGCACCUCUAAAUAUUAUCUAAAUACAUAUUACACCUAUUUCACAUUAUUAAAGUACGUAGGCUACUGAGUGGCUGAGGGUGUUGGUUUGCACUGAGUUUGACUUUUAUAUUCAAAGCGUCUGCUAGUUGUUUUAUUUUGCAGAUCUGAGGUGAACUAUCUGCUGCUGCUUUCAGUAGUAUGGCAAUAAAUGCCAUGUAAAAUGGUAUUCGGACUCACGUUGGGAGCAUUUAACACUGAAUAAAGCCCAUAAUCAGUACCUGA